AUCGAUAUAACCUGUUCUGAGUGAAACGGUAGUGAUUUUCUCGUGUUUCUUACCAUUAUGAAGAUACCACAAAUCCGCAAUUGCAUGAACAUAGAAUGAAAAUCGUCUCCCCGUUGAUUUGCUCUGUAAUUCAGUCGUUUGCGUUUUUUCUUCUUCUCCGAUCUGGCAUUACAUGUGUGGCAUGCUUCAUCGUCAGGAUAACGUAAAGUAACAUUUGGGGAUUUUUAGGCGAAGUAACGAUUUGCUGAGGGCACAGCGGAUUUGAUGCCCACUGUUCCAACAUGGAGCACUCUGACUCAAUGACGCAAAAGAACGGGCGGCAGAGGAAGAUCGUGGGAACCACCCUCUUUGAAAACAUUAGAGGCAUGGACAGGGGAGAGACGAGUGCCUCUGAACCAGAAGUGGAAGAGGAGGGAGAGGGUCUCCUCAAAGUGAUGCACACCGAGGACAGUAGGAACAAGGUCCGGCCGGGGCUCCGUGACGAGCUGGGGAACAUUUUGCUUCUGCUGUUCCUGUAUGUGCUGCAAGGGAUUCCUCUCGGACUGGCUGGUAGCAUCCCUCUGAUCCUACAGAGUAAGAGCAUCAGCUACAAAGACCAAGCCUUCUUCAGCUUUGUCUUCUGGCCAUUUAGUCUCAAACUCUUAUGGGCACCACUGGUGGACGCUCUCUACUUCAGCAGGUUCGGUAGACGAAAAUCCUGGCUGGUGCCCACACAGUACCUGCUGGGCCUCUUCAUGCUCUACCUUUCUGUGACGGUCAAUUCCCUGAUGCAAAGUGAGGGAGGACCAAAUGUGGUAGCACUCACUGCGGUCUUCUUCAUGCUUGCCUUCCUUGCAGCCACACAGGACAUAGCUGUGGAUGGCUGGGCCCUGACUAUGUUAUCCAGAGAGAAUGUAGGAUAUGCUUCUACUUGCAACUCUGUGGGCCAGACAGCGGGAUACUUCCUGGGGAAUGUGCUCUUUCUGGCUCUGGAGUCCGCAGACUUCUGCAACAAAUACCUCAGAGUAGAGCCCAAGGACAAAGGCAUCGUCACCUUGUCAGAGUUCUUGUUUUUUUGGGGAAUUGUGUUCCUGGUUUCCACGACUUUGGUGGCCAUCAUGAAAAGAGAAAAUGAUCAGGGAAAAGGAAAGCCGCGAGUCCAGGAGGAAACGCAGGGCGUCAUGGAAACCUACAAGCUGCUAUUCUCUAUCAUCAAGAUGCCCACAGUUUUCACCUUUUGUUCCCUGCUCCUCACCGCCAAAAUUGGGUUCUCGGCAGCAGAUGCAGUGACGGGCCUGAAGCUGGUGGAGGCCGGAGUUCCCAAGGAGCAGCUGGCACUGCUGGCAGUGCCCAUGGUGCCUCUGCAGAUCCUGCUCCCUGUGAUCAUCAGCAAAUACACGGCAGGGCCCAGACCUCUGGAUGUCUUCUACAAGGCCUUCCCUUUUAGGUUGCUCAUAGGACUGGGUUACGCUCUGCUGGUGUGGUGGACGCCCAGCGUGAAACAUGACGGAGGGUUCCCGCUUUACUACUACGCCAUACUGCUGCUGAGCUACGCAUUGCAUCAGGUGACGUUGUACAGUAUGUACGUGGCUUGCAUGGCCUUCCACGCCAAAGUGAGCGACCCCCUCAUCGGCGGCACCUACAUGACGCUGCUGAACACGGUCACGAACCUCGGUGGGAACUGGCCCUCCACGUUGGCGCUGUGGCUGGUGGACCCCCUGACCUCUAAGGAGUGUCAGGGCGCCGUCGGGCAGAGCUGUGGCUCUGUAGAGGAGGUCGGGCUGUGCGUUAAGGAGGGCGGAGCCUGUGUGACCACACUAGACGGCUACUACGUGGAGUCUAUGGUGUGCGUUGUGAUCGGUUUAGUCUGGUGGGUGUGGUUUGGGAAGAAGAUGAGGCGCCUGCAGGAACAGAAUCCCGCUGCAUGGAGGUGCAGAGCUAAUCGGUGACGACGCCCCUCAUCGGUUCCACUUCCUUAUUGCACCUCCGCAUACGCUGCUCCAAAGACAGCUGAAUGGUGGGCAUAUUGUUAUUCCAUUCACGUCCGUUUCGUCCAGCUGGACUUUCGUGGGGCAUACAUCUGAUGAUGGACUCCAUUGUCUCUGUAGAGGUAAAACUCCCUCUCAUCAUUACUCGUGCUUUUGCAACAGUGCCCUGAAAACUGAAACAACCGGUCAGACUAGCUGAGAACUUUUACUUUUUUUUUCUUUCUGAAACCAUAUUCUGCUGCUUGGAACAGCUAAACCAAACAAGAGCUGGCUCAAAUAACAUGUUUAAAUAACUUAAGCAUGUGUUUUUAACUGUUUGGAUGGCCAGUUUAUUGAGUUUAUACGAUGUGGGAGGUACAUGUUGAGUUCUUUGCCGUUUUAGCCUUUUUGGCCCAAAUUUGGGCAAGAAAUAACUUAUUGAACUUCUUCUGAAAAUCUUGUAGGGUAACGCGUAAACUCAGCACUUCAGACUCUAGUUUACCUUCCUGGUCAGUCACCAUUGUACCGAGUACCAGAUACUUAAAGUAAAAGGGAAAACAUACAGAUGAACUGUCCGGUUUCUGGUUACGCCCGGUGUGAAGACGAUCUUUGCUCGCUGCUUGACUGAACAAAAGAUUCUUUAAAUCCUUCUUUAAAUACAUAUUUUUUUGCUCUUUAAAUAUGUAUUUACUUCCUCUUAAGUGAUCUGUGCCUUGUUUGGUGUUUCAAAGUCUUUCGUUUGGUUUGGUAGACUGCCGUUUGUUUCUUUAUACAUACUCCAUAUUAUAAAGUUGAGCACACAAUCCUAAUGAAUAACUCCAUUACUCCUGAUAUCAUCAAUCGUUAAAUUAACUGAGAUGUCUGAAAUAUUAAAAAAAUAUUCUCAAAGAACAUUUUUUGUUUUCUACACUUUAGUUUUAUCCAUCAUAGGACCAAAUGUAAUCUUUAAUCGCAUUAUUGGACUUUGGACUGUUGGGACCUGGUUGGUACGUUACCUUGGCCAAGGCAUUUAUAAGUUUCAAAAAGUUAAAUUUUUUAAGUUGCGGUUAGUGAGUCUCUCAGUAUUUUCCAGACGCAUUACGAUUCAAACACAUUCUAUGUGAAAGGCCAACAUUAUGUGUACUAUCUGUUCAUGCAACAAUGUAUUACAGGAGUCUUAAUUAAGACAUCUUAACAUCCAUAAAGCCUGUCAAGCUUAGCAGAGUGGGACAUUAACACCAGCCUGAGAAGUGUCUUUAAAAUGUUUUGCUCCCAAAACCAGUUGAAGAGAAAUGUAAUACGCAGAGGUUCCACGUUUAUGUUUUCAUAUUGUAUGUAGGACUGAAUGUUACAGUAUUUUCCUCCAACGCCAGCUUUGAAAAACUUCUGUCAAAUGAAAGCAUUGAAGCACACAAUCAGGGCUCAUGUCAGGAGAGCUUCAUUUUGAACUCAUUUGGUAUCGUUUGAUUCUGAGGCCGACUUUCUGAACUACAUGUCAAAGGUCAAUCGGUUUCAGAUGACUAUACUAUGGCAGCAGCUAUGCUACAUUAACAUCAGUUAAGUUCCACUGCACGUGUUUGUUUGACGUUUAUUGGGCCUUCCUUCUGUUUUUAUACGAGCACAUCACUGUUGUAUCGCUGUCUCCCCCCUCCCCCCAUUAUCCGGGCACUGGAUUUAUCUUUUUUAUUUUCUUUACUCGAUUAGAUACUUUAAUCUGCCAAAUUGGCUUUUAGGUGUAUUUCAGCUGCAAACAAAUAUAAUUUAAAUUGAUCAUUUGACUGACUUUUUCUUUUGCAAUGAAAAUGACUGCGUUCUAUUUUAAUCUGCACAACUUUAGUUUACAAUGAGUUUUUAAAUUCCCAAUCGUAUAAAGUAAAAGUAUAGCACAGGGUGAUGGUAAAGUAAGACGUUUUAAUAUGCGAGUGGCAGCUCAUCAGGAUCUUUGACAUUCAUGGGAUGCAUUGUUGAGAUCUGAAACAUAUCUUGUACGCAAUUAAAAAAAACCAUGUGCACUUG